AUGGACCCGGACGCGCUUUAUGGAGUGAAGACGACCAAUUAUAUCGCGGUGGGGUCAAUCGCCGUCUGGGUUUAUGACUAUAUCCUGGUUCUUCCUCACGAGGAUUGCCAUAUCGCCUUUGCGUUAUCCGUUUUCAUAGGGUCCAUCUCAAGUUUCGUCUGCGAAGCCGUGAUGUAUAUCCAGGUCUGGAUAGUCUGUCAACAAAGCAUAGGGAUUGGCGCGUACCUGUGUCUUCAGUUCACGGCGAGUCUGCUUCACAUCAUUCCUCCCCUGGACUCCCAACUUAUCAAUAUCCAGGCUCAAAUAAUGAUGUGCUUAAUACUCGAGGGCGUCUUCAUCCGGGGGAUGGAAUGCUCUUCCCCUGACCCUGCUCCAGAUGCUGAGCCCACACCGCCCUUCAAAGGCUGCUGGCCCAGCAGCGGCCAAGAUGGGCUCAUCUAUAUGUAUGGGAUGGUGGGUUUCUCCAUUGCUGGGACAAUCACGAUGUACCAGGCGCCGCGAACCCUCCGAUGGGUAUGGGCUAUACCGACGCGCGUAUUUGGAAACAUAUUAGUUUCAAGGUUGAUCAUCCACCUUCGAAGAACAGCGUCCGAGACGGCCGAUGGCAAUUGGGGCUCCCUCGAAGUUUCAGAAUCCAUCAGCGAAAUGCCUACCUUCAGCGAGCCCCCAGGCCUGGCAGAAGACGAGCACACGUCGCACCCUGACGCGAGACCUAUUUCGAGGCAAGAUCUCGUUUGUCAAUUCCCAGCGUACAGCAAGACAUCAAGUGGGACCCAAGUUACCAAUGGAAACGGACAAAGAAUAGUAUAG